AUGGCGAUCGUCCACCUGGAAACGACAGUUGUUGAUCUCGUCGAUACCUGGGCGACGAGUACACCUAAUGCAACUGCAGCUGAGUGGAAUGGCCAACAGCUGAGCUAUGCUAGUUUACGAGAUGCUUCGCUCCAUGUCAGUAAAGCUCUUUUGUCAGUUGGCGUUCGACCUGGCGACAAAAUUCCAAUUCUUUCACAAAUGUCGCUAGAGCUCCUUCCGGCAAUCUUGGGUGUUCUCAGGGUUGGUGCGUGCUAUGUGCCAAUUGAUAUGGCGGCUUGGAGUAAAGCAAGAAUCGACGCCACGCUUGAGGAUAUCUCAUCGCAGGUUGCCAUUGCGACAGAUAAACUGGACACACGAAAAGUACCGGUUUGUGUAUUUUUUCAAGAGCGAUGGCUUGAAUUACCGUUUCACGACAAAGAUGAUACUUGCUGCCAGCUGGACACCAUCCGCCGCAGCCUCGUGGCGGAAGCGCUAGUCUAUAUCACCUUUACAUCUGGAACAACCGGGAAACCGAAAGGAGUAAUGAUAUAUCAUCGGGCCCUCUAUGGGUUUGUUUCACUUAGAGAUGGCGAUUGUUUUAACACAGCCCCUGGCCAGCGUGUGUUGCUAGCAUUCUCAAUUUCAUUUGAUGCCUGCGCUGCUACGAUCUGGACGACAAUUACAAGAGGAGGAUCUUUGGUCAUGGCUACAUGGUCAUCGUUCCCUGAACUUUCCACCACCUGCGACAACCUGAUGUUGACACCGUCUAUGCUUGCUAGUCUAGACCCAGCAGGGCCGUAUGAAAAGGUUAGCAGUCUUUUUUUAGGUGCCGAAGCCACUAACUUUGACAUUGCACGUCAAUGGAUUACUCCUACGCGAAAGGUAAUCCAUACCUACGGCCCAUCGGAGGCGACCAUUAUCAUCUCUUUCGGAAGGGUUCCUGAUGACACGGAGCCAGACCUUGGGGUAUUGAUUCCUGGUGUAGAGGUAGCUAUAGUUGACGAGAAUUUGCAAGAAACCGACACUGGCGAGAUUUUGAUAAUCGGACCUUGUUUAGCUGCGGGAUACUUAAAUAACCCCGAGCUUACAGCCAAGAAAUUCAUUCAAUGGAAUGGGAAGCGUGUCUACAGAACUGGUGACCUGGCCAAAAGGACCAAAAGUGGACUAUCAUGGAUUGCUCGAGCGGACCGCAUGGUAAAGAAUCGAGGAUUUCUCGUCAACUUGGAGACAGAAGUUGAGUCUGGAAUUCUACGAUUUGCCAAUGUCCGAGCAGCUUCUGCUUUUAUGUGGCGAAACAAACUCGUUGGAUUCGUGCAGCCAGCCUAUAUCAAAACUGAUGAACUGCGCUUGUUUAUGAAACAAAACUUUGACCCAUUUGUGGUCCCGGACGAGUUCGUUGCAGUGGAUCAAUUCCCUCUCACGGCGCAUGGAAAAGUUGAUCGAGUUGCCCUUAGUGCUCAAUUGGAAUGCAGAAUGGCCAAGGAAGAUGCAGAAUUAAAUAGCUUAAUAUGCAAUUCAUCAUACGAUGCGCUACGCUGGGCAUUUGCCAAAUGCCUCCAAGUCCCCUUCGGAAAUCUCAACAGGAAUUCAUCCUUCGCACAUCUCGGAGGCAAUUCACUCGCGGCUAUACGCCUGUCAAGAUUUCUGGCACAACAAGGUUAUACAAUCAAUAUCCCUUACAUUCUCAGUGAAGACACUAUAGACAGGCUUCAAGCAAAGCUCGUCAAUGUCAACGAACAUGAGGCAACGAAUUCCAAUGGUGCUGUAUCUGAAUUAGUGCCAGUUCACGAUAUGCACAGGAUCAUGCUGAGCCAGACCGAAAUGAAUCCGCUGAUAAAUUCACUCGUGGUGAGUGCCAAAUUCAAGGGGCCACACGAUUCUAUUCCAACCCCAAGCGAAUUGAAAGCCGCUUGGACAAGCACUCUUUCAGCGCACAGUGUAUUCAAAACACGAUACGACAUGCAAAACUGGACUCUACAUGACAUUGAUCACCUCAAUAUGGACUGGGAAGAAAUUGGUGUUGAGACCGAAGACUUCGGAAGCACCCUCUUGUCUUUUGAGGACCAGGUGUGGGCACAUCACAAGACCAUCCAGAAGCCUCGUCUUGAUGUACCGUUUUGUCAUAUGACUUGUGUAUACGCGCCGGACCGUAAAGCUAUAGGUUUUGUCUGGCGGGUGCAGCACGUUCUCGGGGACCCUUUCUCACUUCUCAUGCUGAUGAAUGACCUGGAGCAAGCUCUGUCGAAGAAAGAGCUGACACCUGGUCCGCGCAUCAAGGAUUAUGCGCGGUUUAUGCAAAAGUACAAGAGCGAAAAUCUGACCACAGCGACCGAAUUUUGGGAGCGCAUGAUGAAUCCCCUUAGUGAAAGAUCAUUGUUUGAUUUCCGUCCCCCACAGACAUCCGUUCAGGGUGACUGGCUGGUAAUGCCGUUCGCGACUGGAGAGACUGUUGAGUCCAUUGAGGCGUCAGCGACCAAGUAUGGCAUCUCAAGUGCGACGAUUACCUUUGCUGCGUGGGCACUCGUCUUAGCCAGGUACACAGGUUCCAAUGUUUCGUCUUUUAUUCUCAGUCGGUCGGGCCGGAUGGCCCCCUGGCCACAAGCACCAUCGCUUGUAGCAUCCAUGAACUGCCGCGUGCCCUUUGCUACGACAAUCCCACUCGGAGGAAAACUACAAGGAUGGUUAACCAGCAUGCACAGUACUUUGCACAGGGUUUCGGAGCUUGAAAACUUGUCCCCGUCACUGGACGCAUCGAUCUGUCCCGCGGCAUUUUUCAAGUCGGUGGUCGUGGCCUCUCUCCACACGCAACAGUCACCGGCUAAUUGGGAGAUUCACGACAGACUUACUGGUCAAGCGGAGCCAAUAGGAAUGGUAUGGAGAGUCCAGCGAGAAUUAGAAGGUAGUGAGGCUGUGGAGGCCACUCUGGAGAUUGACCGGAGAGUGGUGGACGUUGAAUGGGGCAAGGAAGUAGGCACGGUCGCAGCGGGGGUACUUGCGAGACUCACUAAUGCCCCGAACAACACGAAAUUACAAGAUUUGCUCUUGAGCUAG